GCAGACACAAGCGACUUGGUCGACGUCAACACAGAUCUGACACACCUCGUCGCAGCAGCAGAAGCAGCAGCAGCAGCAGCAGCAGAAUCUUCUUCUUGCUUUGCUUUCACACCCAUUUCCCUCACCCAAGACAAGAGAACCCAGUCAGCGAGCCAGCUCAAAGAAGCUGUUGCUGUCGCCAUGGAAGAGCCAAAGGGUGAAAAGGCGCUGCUGCUCGUGGAUGGAACCUGUUACUUUGCUCCUUUGGAGCGUGACAGGUUGAGCGUGCGGGCAGCCCCGAAAUGGCUGGAGCGCCUGAGCGAGAAGAUUGCAGACCGUUGGAGUCUCUCCAUCGCCAGAAUACACUUGUUUGAUGCGGUGAUGGACUCGUCCCUGCACGACUUUCCGUCACAUCGCAAGGCCGACAAGUCCCGCAAGUCCUUGCUGAGGAACAUGCAGCAGGCGCACAUUGCCGUCCAUUUCCGGUACCUCAAGCCCUUUCGGACCAACUGCGAGGACGUCAACUGCCGCUACAAGUCUGCGGCCAUCGAGGUGCCCGUUGGCGCGGGUGUGGACGUGGCCAUCACAACGUUUGCGCUCGCAGACAUGCCGACGGACGUGAAGACGGUUGUCUUGUUUGUGACAGACCCCGACUACGCGCCGCUUAUACGGGCGCUCAAAGGGAAGGGGACGCGCGUGCUCGUCGUCACAGACUCGGACGCCGCGCUGGACCCGGCGCUCAGAGAUGCGCUGGACGAACACAACCCAACACCGUUCAAGGAUUGUGUUUCUUUUUUGAAUGUGCACAAGCAGAGAUGCUUCUGCUGGUUUUGA